AUUUAUAUGUAUAAUUUUUGAUAUAUAAUACAAUGAAAAUGUAUACAAAAAUUUGUAAUAUUGUAACAAGAUAAUAGGUACAUUUUUUUUUAAAAGAGUGACUAUAAAAACUUAGAAUGAUGCCCUUAAUAAUAUAUUCAUAUCUUAGCAGGUAUUUUGGUUGAUUAGUAAUAGUUAGAACGAAAUCGAUAUAUAUUUUACAGCAAUAAGUACGUACUUUAACGACAUACAAGAGUCUAUCAUUAAAGGUUAUCAUUCAGGGAGAUAUACAAGUUGACCCAAGUAUCUAAAAACAGAAAUGGAAAAAGAAAAUCGUCGAGUUAACAAAGCAUACUGCAACCUGAUAAAGAAUCAGAACGAGGCGCAUGAUUGGCAAGCAGACUCAAAAACACUAAGUGAUGAAAAAAGGAUGCAAGGAGAAAAACAUUUUAGGAUUAGAAUGUCUAAUGAAGAAGAAAGAAAAAAAGAACAAAGUGACGGUGUAUUGCAAACAAACACAAUGUUUGGUCCCUGUACUAUUUGCCAUCAUCCUCUUGGAAACAUAAAUUCUAGUUUUAAUAAUCAUGUUCCUUGUUCUGAGGGACAUAUGUUGUGUGAACGUUGCAUUCAGCAUUUCAUAAUCCCAUCAGCUCCAGGUUGUAUUCUUUGUCAUCCACAAUUUCAACAAUCAAACAUAAGUUUAUCACGAGAAAGCAACACCAGUUUUAAUUCCAUACACAUGCAGACAAGGACACAAGUCUCACGGCAACAACCAAAACACUAUAUGCAUCAGCGUGUACAACAAUGCAUGCCUCUAAAUGUUGAAGAAUCAUAUGUUAAAACUUGGAAUCAAAAUCAUUUGACCACAUCGCCUAAUAUUGAACAAAACGUUUUGGGAUAUUACAAUAUUCAAGAUUCUGAAGAAAGUUUUGAUUACGAACAAAUUAAAGAUCAAAGUAAUACUCGAGAAGAGGGAAAUAUAUGUAAACCAAAGCAACAAUACAGCUACUAUGAUUUAUAUCAAACAAAAGUUAACGGACAAAUCACUUCAGAAUGUUCUCGUAGGCCAAUUCGUUGUCCGCGAAUCGAUUGUGCCAUAAAUGUAGCUUUUUCAGCACUGACGCAUCAUUUUAUCUUUGAUCAUCCAGAAGUACCCAUUUUAAACGUAGAACCAGGUAUUAAGAGUACACUUAUCGUCAGUUUCAGUGCACUAUCUUCGCAUUCCAGCUUGUGCCUAGCUCUCCUUUUAGUUUCCGGUAAACUCUCAGAUCCUGUUGCGAGACUAUUUAAUGGUAAUCAAAUGAACCCAAAAUUCCGAAAUCGUUUACCGCUACCAGUGCUAGCUGCUCGACUACAUAGUAGAAAUCAUAACGUAUUUGCUGACAAGUCUAAUAAUAAUAAGAAUUUCCAUGAAAAAGACAUAAUUAUUGCAUGGGUUGCUGGAUUGGACAUUGGAAACACAGCAGAGAAACUUCUAUGUAGUAUUCAGGCUGUGGAUAAGAUUGAUAGUGAAGGCUUACGUUCCCUGACAUAUACAGGUCCAGUGAACUCGUUACGAACAGCUCAGUGUCCCGAAGAUAUUUUUUCAACAGGUGAUUGCAUAGUUCUGCACGAAGGUCUCCUUAAUCACAUUACAUCCAAUUGUGCUACACUCAAUGUUAAUGUUACUGUACAUUAA